GUGUGCUGCACAGCUGCGGUUAAGAUGGACUGAGUUUGUUCAUGGUUUGUGCUAAUGCCAGAGGCAAGUUCAAUAAUUGCAUCUAGCUGUACAGUAUGUUUGAGUCCCCUUUACUUGGGAGUGUAACAUAACUAGCUGCUUUGGUUUGGUUGCAGUUCUCACCUGCAUGUUCUCAUAAGAAAAGCUUUUUGUGUUCCAGGCCUGGUGAUGUGGCGAGGGCAAUUUCUUAAGAGCCCAGGCACUGCUACAGAAACAUUCCUCUUUCACUGGUCUGCUAAAUAUUGCAGUGCUACAGAAAGUUGUGACAGCCUGAAGACUCACACCAGCAGAAUAAACUUCUGUGCAGCUCUCAGUGCAGUCUCUGGGUCAGCAAACCCACAAAACUUUUCUUGUGUAAAUUUGUUUUCAACAAGAUAAUGUAUAUUAUGUAGUAUAUUGAGGACAUUAAAAAAAAUAUUUCAGAUCUUCAAAGCAUUUUGUAAGCUUGAAUUCAUCAGUUCACUCUCCCUCCAAAUUAUCCCAAAUCAGUUCUGUGUAAGUGGCUUUGAAGCAUCCCUGGUUUAACAUCGGGUAGGAACUUAGCUUACAUCGAAGGCUAGGCUUAAUUGAUACAAAUUAGUUUUAAGCUGUUUUGAGGAUGUCACUUUUCCUAUCACCAGUUAAUCAGUACUUAAACCAAUGUGAUUGUUAAUACAGCAACAGCAUUUGAAAUUAAUGCUACCACUCUGCCUGAAAAUUAGCUUGUUACCUUGUGGUGAACCACAAAGUGAUAAUCAAAUCUAUUUUUGCCCUUUGCUACUGGUUUGAUUUAUUGAUUAGCUGACCUUCUAAACCUUCCCUGCCAGAUUAAGUUAAUACAUUUCUGCUUGCUUGUUUGCAUUUGAAACAUCAGUUCUGAUCAUUUUCCUCUCUGCUGGAAGAGACUUGCAAGGUUAUUAGGAGACUUAAAUAGUGGUGACUUGUGAGUUGAACCUCUUCCUUCCCAGACCUCCUAUCCUCCUUAAUUCUUGGAGAGGUUAUGACAUGAAUGCUGAUUCUGCCUUGCACUUCUGGGAAUGUAGAAAUCCCUCCCUAUUUCAGUGUAACAAAUGCUUUGCAAAAUAAGCAUCUUUAAAAUCCUUUCAGAGGUCUAUUUGACUGUCUGUUUGGAUUUUCCUAAAUCUUGCCAAAGAGCUCCACUGACGAAAGAGAAGACAUUGUAGUGUAAAAAGAUCAAAUAGAAAAUCACAUAUAAAACCCAAUAGUGCUAGGUCAAUCUUUAUAGCUCACAAAGCAGCAGAGUAGUGGAGGAGGAGCUGGGUUUGCUUUGAAGUUCUCCAUUACAGUUAAUAGGGAUUUAUAUGAGUUAAUAUUUCAUUAUAAUUUAUAUUUCUUUCACAUUACAGUAGAUUUUAGUCUGGAAACCUUUUGAAGACAUGGCAUUGAAAAAUCUGAAAUUCAUGUGAGUGAAAUAAUGCAUCUUAAUGGCUUUAGGCUGGGCAAAAUUAGACACAUGUGAGGAAGAUUAAUGGAACCUCCCAUCAGGAUAAUGCUUUGCUUGCCCCUGAACAUCUGUCCCACAAAGCCACAGCUGUGAAAGCUUCUCCUGUUGUAAAUUAGUACCUGCUCUCAGAGAUACUGCUCGUCCUGGGAGAGUAUUGUUUCACCAGGGGUAGAGAAGAGAAGAGUACAGAGCGAAGCUGAGUCAGUAUGGCAUCCAUACCACCAACGACACGGUAGUGAUCUUGUACAGCAAGACUUACUUACCCCAGUGGAGGGAACGAAUUAGUCAGAAAUUCUUUUCAAGGGCACUGGUAAAUCACAGAAGUGUUUUUAAUUGGUAGAGUUAGUGUUGCCUGGAUUUCCUGCCUGUCUGUAUUGCUCCUUUCUUUAUAUACAGUUUAACUUUGGCUCCAGGUCUGCUCAGGGAAAAAGAUUCCAUUCAACAUAAGCAAAAGCAGUAGAAUUAGUCCUGUAACUUCUUAAAACAGAAAACUCUGUCUGCUGUGAUGCUCUAGGAGGAAAACAGACCUUCUCACCUGUCACUUACACUGCUAUAGUUCAGGUCAUGAGGUACUUCAAUGUUUUCCAUUAUCAGUGGGAAAACUUGUAUUUCAAGUAUUGGUUUGGCAAGUUGGACUAAGGAACCAAAGCAAAAGAAAAAUACCGCCUCACCCAUGGCACUUUGUUCAGAAAAUGCACAUCUGUCAACAGGGUCUACACAACCCAGGAGACUGAAAGCACUGAAUGUUAACUCCUGAGGGAGGGUCCCAUUUUAAAAGAUACUGAAGUACCUAAAGGUAAGCCAUGUACCUGCUGAGCUGGCCAGAACACUUUGGCUCAUGCAGAGGUGCCUGCAUACCCUCCCGGGAGACCGCGGGAACUGUCAGUCCUGGACACCCAGCCUGACCAGGAGCCGAUUACCUUCCGCCUCCUCUGAAACAAACAGGUGUGAAGGCCUUCCUGCCCCAGGCUUGCCCUAUCACGGGGUCUUUCCUCAAUCUGUUUUUAAUUCCUUUAUGCCUUUUCAACAUUUUUUUAGUGUUCAGCUGAAGAAUGCAUCUGACAAAGCCCUACAGCAGAGUGCAUAUGGUUCAGGAAUGAGCUCCUCCCAUGGGAAAGGACUAUUCCAGAAAGAAGAGUUAGACCUCCCCUGAAGAGGAUCUGAAAACCAAUUUUUUUCUUCUUUUGAGAGCAAUUGUCAUCUAGAUCCAAUUCCUGACCCACCUUACCCAGUGAGUCAUGAGGUUUAGUGCCAGCUCAGUGAAGGCUGCGAGUGUGUGUCUGUGAGCAGAGCACCGUGAAAGGGACUGUCCCAGCCACAGCUGUGGCAGACGUAAAUCUGCUGGAAGUAAUCACAAAACCACAGUAUCACCUUAAGGGAGCCAUGUAAGAUUCCAGUGGAAAGGUCCCUCAAUUUUGUUUUCCAGUACAAGAACUGAGGGCAUCAGAUGAAGUCAGUAGAAGCCAGGUCUGAAACAAGAGGAGGGGGGUUAGGUGAGCUGUGCAACGCCUUGCCACAGGACGCUGCAGAGGGUAAAAGCCUCUAAACAUUCAAGGGGUAACGGGAAAAGUUUAUGGGACAGAAAUCCAUUCAGGGUUACCAAAUACUUAGAAACUCCAUCCAGAUCUGGAAGCUCAUGAGCUGCAGCCAGCUGGAAGCUGGGAGAGUGUUAGAAAGCGGUGUAAUUCACGCUUUCGUGUUCCGAUUUUCUGUAGCCAUCCACUUACAGCCACAGUCAGGCGCAGGAUAGUGGGCUCGUUGGCCUUUUGGUAAGGCCCAGGACAGCUGCUCUCAGGGUCUUUAUUUUGAACUCACCCCUAAAUGAGCUGUCCCCUCUUUCCUGGUAGCUUAUUAUUAGAACUGGGUCACAUGAGGCAUUUGGGACUGCGUCUCAGUUGCGUUGACCGACAUUUCUUUCACAGGGAAAGCUCUAUGCUGGCAGGCGCGGCAGUAUAGCUUACGUGGGGAGGGGAGUAGCGUUUUCUUCGCAUAAGAUUCGCUUAACGCAGAAUUUUCAUUUUUGUGGCUGUUCCCCGUUCUGUCAGGGAUGUAGCGCUGAGCUAAUCCGGGGAGGCGUCAAGGCGUGUGCCAUAUUUAGAGACAGCCACCUGCUUGGGAACAUCAAGCAGCAGCAAAGAGCACGCUUCAGCAAAAAACCUCCCCUGUGGAUUCUGCAGCAGCAGCUUCCCGCCGGCUCUCCCUUGCCUAAAUCUGCCUGUGGCCACCAAAGGGGUCAGCGCCUGAAGACGGUCGGUCAGGCCCCGUCAGCCCUGGAAUGCUCUGAGCCUGGCACUCCCUCUGCCCAGGAACUGCCAGAUAUUUUGGACAGCUGCAAGGUGGAAUUCAAUCACGUGGGUGAAGGGUGGCCUAAUCUCUACAUAGGCGAGAUAACUUGUCUCAAAACGUGGUGGGCACUGGACUCUACAAGCAGGAACACAUUACAAGGCAACAAAGUACCUUGAGUUGCUUUUUGUAGUGAGCUUUCGUACACGGUUCUCCACAGCUCCGUAGCCCAUAACAAGGAAGAUCUGAAGAGGGUUGGUGUCACCCAUGCACUGAAUGCAGCACAUUUUGCAUGGGGAAGGAAAGGAGACCAAACUUUCCAUGGCCAAGAAAUGCAUUAUUAUGGAACACCUGCAGAGGACUUGAUCGACUUUCACCUCGGCGCACCUUUCUGUACCGCCUCUGAGUGCGUUCACAAGGCCAAAUGGUGGGCUGCUAGGAGCAAAACGACUCUUCGAAGCCUCAACAUUACUCACAUCCUUAAUGCAGCAGAUGGGCCAUAUAGCAUCAACACAGGAGCCAAAUAUUACGAAGAUCUGCAAAUAGAGUACUACGGAGUAGAAGCAUUUGAUGAUCCUUCCUUUGAUUUAAGUAUCUUCUUCUACAAUGCUGCCAAUUUCAUAGGCAAAGCCUUAAACACUUCAGGAGGUAAGGUCUUUGUUCAUUGUGCCAUGGGGGUGAGCCGCUCUGCAUCUUUAGUGCUUGCCUUUUUAAUGAUCCAUGAAAACAUGACACUCGUGGAUGCUCUGAAAACAGUGAGUGCUCACAGAGACAUCUGCCCAAAUUCAGGGUUCCUCAGCCAGCUCCGGGACUUGGACAUUAAACUAAAUGAAGAAAGGAAAGGAACCGGAGCAUCUGCUACCAAAGAGCUCUAAGAGAGUAUUACUGAAGGAGAGAGGACAAAAUGUUAUUUGAGUUUCCUGUAUUUCUUUUAAAUGAAUUGUAUUUGUAAACUAAGGAUACAAGUUUAUGGUACGCCAGAAAGCAUGUUAUUGCUAAAAGUAGAUUUUACUUGAUCUUUCCAUUUUGCAAAGCCUUCCUAGAUUAUAGUUACGAUUGGUUGUAUACUGCAUCCUCCACUCUCCACCUUAAAACAUUGCUCUUUGCUGGUGAAAAAAAAAAAAAAAAAAAGAUAUCAGGUUCCAUUUCAGAAAUAGCUGUGUUUCAGCAACUAGUGAAGCUCAUAUCACUUUAUGAAGUGUUAGGCUAUUUGAGGUGAAAGAUGCCAUAUUAUUUAUGCUACAAUAACGCUUAGAAGUCUUCUUAUGAACCAGCCCCCCCACCCCUUUGCUCCCCGUGUCUAAAAUGGUUUGUAUUUUGAGACUCGAAUCUGGCACUGGUUAGUUCUUGCUUUUACAAUUGGUGGAGCCCCUGAGUUGGGGGUAAAAGGCUGUUCAAAGGCAGAGCAGCGCGGACACAACAUAAGCCUCUCUUCAAGAAAUUAUUGCAGGUCUCUCUAUAGUGUUUUCCCUUUGACUGUUCAUCAGAUUAUUAACUUUUUUUCUUCCAUAAAAAUACCUUUGUUUGAGAGGGCAUUCAAAUAUUGUUCAUCUUCCCUAGUAAAAUUCACCCAGGAGAUGCUGUGGAAAAUGCUUCUGAAGAGGAAGGUGGGUUCCCAGCUGAGACCCCAAACAGCUGCAUGGGCAGUGGGAGCGGGUGCAGGAAAGCAUCUGACAACAAAGUUCAAUGUAUCCCAAAUUUGUCUGACAGUUCAACAUUAUAAAACUUGGGAUUUUCUUUCUCAAAAAUAAAGGUCAUUAACAUUGCAA